CUCUUCUCAUCUUCCAAGAACUUGGGUGGCCGCUCAACUUCUCGAGCACGCCGUUCUGAACCACGUUCAUGGGCCAUUCUCAUGUGUUGCGAGCGAUAUGGGUCCCUUCUUGACUGGCGCCAUCUCCUUCGGCACCGCGGAUAUGGGGCCCGUGGCAACUCUCGGGCGCAAAGCGAACGACCAUCGCGACUCGACGCGCGUGCUGGUGCAUGCGGGGGGAGAUUUCACAUGCUCAUGCGCUGGGCCGUGGCGUCUAUCCAGUUCAACGCGAGCGACCGAGCAUAUGACGCGAAGAGCGCCAUCGACAACCACACUCGUAUAAAAUGCGGACGUUCUCCAGGGUAGGAGUCCCAAGGUCCCAUCUCGGUAUCCUCCCAGCUUCUCGCACAAGCAACAUUCAAAAUGGUCUUCGCCUCUGCCCUCGUCUCGCUCCUCCUCGCCGCCGCCGCCCUCGCCGCUCCGCGCAGCAACGUCGAAGGCCGCCAGGCCCGCCGCCGCAUGUCCGGCCCGCGUCUCCCGACCGAGGGCCCGCACGCGAAUUUGAUCUCCAACGUGACCUCCCACGUCGCGUACAGCCAGAACUGGGCCGGCGCCAGCCUCGAGAGCCCCUCGGGCACGUACACGUCCGUCACCGGCACGUUCACCGUCCCGACGCCCCGCUCUGCCGGCGGGUCGGGCAGCUCCGCGGCCUCGGCGUGGGUCGGCAUCGACGGCGACACCUGCUCGAGCGGCAUCAUGCAGACUGGCAUCGACUUCAACGUCGACAACGGCCGCGUCUCGUUCGAUGCCUGGUACGAGUUCUACCCCGCGUUUGCGAGCGACUUCUCCGGGUUCUCCGUCAGCGCGGGCGACGUGAUCACCCUCGUCGCGACCAAGACGUCAUCGACUUCCGGCCAUGUGUCGAUCACGAACGAGUCCACCGGCCGCAGCGUGUCCAAGACGCUCUCGGGCAGCGGCAGACUGUGUGGGGAGAACGCGGAGUGGAUCGUCGAGGACUUUGAGCAGGGCAACUCGCUCGUGCCGUUCGCCAACUUCGGCACUGUGACGUUCACGAACGCCAGGGCGACGCUCGCGUCGGGUGGAACGGUCGGACCGAGUGGCGCGCAGCUGCUUGACAUUGAGCAGAACAGCGUGCUUACGUCCGUCAGCGCGUCCGGCAGCUCUGUGACCGUUCGGUACGUUUGAGCGCGGAAAUGCAGUGAGGGGCAUGUAGUCUUUGUUUUUUUGUACGGAGUCUACAGUGUCCCCGUCUCAAGAGCCAAUGAAUCCCAAUGUAUUCUAUUGUCGAG